CCAGUCAACAUGGAAUGUGGUAGCUGACUUGUCCAGUUUAUACCUCGAGAAUUCAGAGUGGAAUAAUGGCAAUCCUACAGACAUCCAUUUCCUGAAAACCAAAAUGCACAGUGUGUCUGCUCUGGAGAUGGCAUGGACUACCACAUGUACAGAUCAGACUCCAAACUGCUCAACAGAGGUGGCCAUUUUGUCUGUUGCAAUGAGAAAUGGUGAUGUCCCUGCUUUGGUUGAUCAAGUUUCCAUGCAAGUCUCGGGAAGAUUGUAAGCUUUUGAAGAAGAUGACCUUCACAUCAACUUGUCCUUCUGCAUUGUCAUGGUUACAGAUGCCAGUAACUAUGGCAACAGGUGAAAUUGUGGAUUAUAUGGCAGUUGGAUACCAUAACGGAACUGUAGUCCUCACGGCGGUGAACUUACAAAAUGGUGAUAUUGUGUCAUCUCUGUCCCUCCAUAGUGAUAAAGAUUUGCUGACAGUAAUGUUUCUUAAUAUGAAAAGGAUUUCACAGGAUCAGAUUUUGGUGCUGUUUGCUAAGGAGUUUUAUCUGAUGGUUCAUGUGGUGAAAAUAAAAGAUGACAAAAUGUCUGUACUUCACACAAGUCAUGUCAAAGUGGAAACUGAACUAAAUAUUACAGCUGUAUGUUACAAGGAUGAGACGUUGCUCCUGUCCACCUGUGAUGGCUUCCUGUUCAAGGGAAGUGUCAUUAUCACAGAUAAAGGUGUGUCCGUGAACCUUCAUCAGUGGAACACAAACUUUACCACGACGAAUGGAGACAACAACUGGCAGUGUUAUGGUGUGGACAUGUCCGACAACACAAUGCUGAUGGGUGCUGUACUGGCAUCAUCAAGAAAAAACUACGAUGCUUUUAAGAUAAGGAUGUUGAAGAAACCACUGGAGCUGCACAUCCAGCUGCUGUUUCAGGAAUCUGAUGAGCUAGAAAGACUGCAGAAGAGGGUAGAGAUGAAGAUCAAAGAUCAAGCAGUGCCUCUGACACGGAUGGUCGAUGUAAUGGAAACAUUACGCAUACACCUAUGGCAGGGUAAUGAUCUUGCUGUCGCUGUCACCUCCCACAUCUCUCGCCCUACAGCCUGGUACACUCUGCCACUCAAAACACUCCGGGUUCUCAGGUACUUCCUGAUCACCAUCACUUUACAUAUACCCAGAAACCCAGAUGCUACAGAAGAGAAUCAGGAAGUGGCUCUUGCUGAGAAAAAUAUACAUAAAUUGAGAGACGUAAUCAUAGGAAGGUAUAUUACUGAUUCCUUGGAGGUCCUUCAGAGUCGGAAAGAGGCAAUGACGGAAAAAGAUAAGAAUGUUUGUUCAAGCAUGCUUCAAUUUAUGGAACACCAUCAAAAAAAAUAUGAAGAGAUGCCAAUUUAUGCCAAGAUGGAAACAUUGAGACAGUCCUUUAUAGAGAAUAACAGCAGAUGUUACAACUGUUGUAUAUGUGGAGAAACUGCCGCUAUUGGUGACAACUUCACUGUCAGCUGUAAAGAAGGCCACACAUUCGGAUUGUGUUGUCAGACAUUUCAACCAUUAAUGGAAACUCCGUACAGGACGUGUAGUAACUGUAAGGUACAUGCUGUAUCUUACCCCAACAGAGCAGGACUACCCUGGCUGACUGAGGCAACAGAAUACUGUACGAUUUGUGAGAACUUUUUAUUUCCAUGCAUUUGAUAAAGUUGAUGUGAAAAUACUGUAUUUCUGUGUUAAGCAUGAUGCAAUUCAUUUUAGAGAAGCAGCUUUUAAUGAUUCUGAUGUAGUCAUACGGAGGAUGCUGUAUUCCUACGUAUCUGGUGAAGUUCAUUUGAUAGAUACAACUAUUUAUGAAUCUAGUGUUGUCAUAUGGAGGUGCUGUAUUCCUAUAUAUCUGGCGAAGUUCAUGUGAAUGAUACACGGACAGCUAUCUAUGAUUCUUCUCUAGUCAUACAAUGUAUGAGGAUGCUGAAUUCCUACGUAUCUGGUGAAGUUCAUGUGAAUGAUACAUUAACAGCUAUCUAUGAUUCUUCUCCAGUUCAUACAAUGUGUGAGGAUGCUGAAUUCCUACGUAUCUGGUGAAGUUCAUGUAGAUUUAUGUCUCUGUAUGUGACAGUUCAUGGACAAUUGUGUUUUGGUAUGACUGUUCUACAGUUUAUACGAGAAUCAUAUGUUUGAGUCGGAUACGUAUCCUUUGUCCGAUAUUAUCAUAGCAAGAAAAUGGAAGGAACCGAAAUUUCCUUGUGUUAGUAUGUUGGACAUGUAUGAUAAAACAUUAAAGAGUAAUAAUGUU